CACCUAUAAUUGAACCCAACAGCCUUCUCUUUUCAUCAUAUUUAAACCUCCCAUCUUUUACUCACUUUUUAUUACAAACCUUCCCUUCUUUUAAAUUCCACCAGCUCAUGAUGCAUCAUUCUUCUUCUUCCUCCUCCUCCACCACCACAAAUUCCGUCAAUAGCUUCUACAACUUUCUCACUCACAGUCUUGACGAUCUUCACAGUUCUUUCCAUUCUCAAAACUUCAUCUCCAUCCACUUCCUACAACUUGUCUUCUCAUCCCUCCAAUCUUUCCAUAAUCAACUGAUUCUUUUGGUUCACAAACUACACUUGCCUUCUGGCGAAAAAUGGCUUGAUGAGUAUAUGGAUGAGAGUGCACGCCUUUGGGAAGUGUGUCAUGUCUUAAAGUCAUGCAUUUCAAACAUGGAAAACUAUUGUUCCAUGGGGGUGAACAUCCCUUCUAUCCUUGAAAACAUUGCCUCAAAUUCACAACUCGCACGUGAGGUGUCUAGAGCGAUCAACCGUUGCCAAAGGGAGAGAAUUAGAUUGGAGGAAGAAAACAAGAGCUUAAUAGAGACAAGAAUUAAACCGUUAAUGAUGCAAUUGGAUGAAAGUGUAUUAAUCCAAUCAAAGUUUAAUGGGUUCAAUGGCUUUAGAGGAGCACUAUAUGCAUUAAAAAACAUAAGCUCAUUACUUUUUAAGAUCAUGGUUAAUGGUCUAGCUUAUUGCUCCAAUGAUUCAAGUUUUUCCUCUUUGUCCAACAUGAAUACCACUUGUUAUAAUGUAAAUAAUACAGUUUCGGAGACAAGUUUUAUGGUCUCGGCUACAAGAUUGAUGGAGAGAGUGAAGGAUUGCGGAGAGGGGCAAAAUGGUAUUUUACUAUAUGAGUUUCGCAAUACGGGAUAUGCCAUGGAUGAGUUGCAAACAAAGUUGGAUAGAGUUAGAGGGUGCGAAAUCGGAUUUGAUAUAAGUGAGAGGGUUGAAAAUUUAAAGAGUUGUGUUGGAGGGUUGCAAUAUGGAAUUGAGAAUAUGAUUGUGCAACUUGAUGAUUUUUUUGAUGAAAUUGUUGAAAGUAGGAAGAAACUCUCAGAUUUAUGUAUUGAUACCUCAGAUGUUUAGGCUUGAGUAAUUUUUGGCCCUUCAAAAGGGACAUAUAUUCAAGUUUGAUACUUUUAGACUUUAGCUCCCACAAAAAUUAGACUUGUGUUGCUAUAUCUAUAGUGCAAAAGAUCACAAGGACAACUUUCUUUUAUAAAAAAACAGCUG